AUGGCUAAGAAGAGAAGAGCAGCUAUAUUACCAACUAAUAUAAUACUCUUGCAAAAUGUUGUAAGAAGAGAUCCAGAAUCUUAUCUUGAAGAAUUUUUACAACAAUUUUCACAUUAUGAAUCAUUAAGAGAUUUAUAUUUAUUAAAUCCAACUGGGGCAGAUCAAAAUUCAACAACUGAAUUAAUAGAAUUAAUUGGGUUUUUAUCUGCUGUUUGUAAUUGUUAUCCCAAAGAAACUGCCAAUUUUCCAGAAGAAUUAAAGACUAUAUUAUUAAAUAAUCAUCGAGAUUUAUCUUCAGAAUUAAGAGAAAAGAUAAUACAAUGUUUAACAAUGUUAAGGAAUAAAAAUGUUAUAACAGCAGAAUCAUUAAUACUGACAAUUUUCCCAUUAUUGGUAUCAUAUUCCUCUGGUUCAUCAGGUCAACAUAUAAAACAAAUGAGAAAACAAAUAUAUUCAACAUUAAUAUCAUUAUUAAAAUCAGUAAACACUGGAGCUAAAAAUCAAAAAUUAAAUAGAUCAACCCAGGCAUUAUUAUUCAAUUUAUUAGAACAAAAAGAUAAUCAAGGUUUAUGGGCUACUAAAUUAACUAGAGAAUUAUGGAGAAAAGGGAUUUGGGAUGAUUCAAGAACUGUUGAAUUAAUGACUCAAGCUGCUUUACAUCCAGAUGUCAAAGUUUCAAUAGCUGGUGUUAAGUUCUUCCUUGGUGCAGAUAAAGAAAGAGAAGAUAAUUUUGAAGAAAAUUCAGAUGAUGAAGGGUUUGAUAUGACUGAAUUAAAACAUAAAAUGCAACAUAAUAAAGCUUCUAAAAAACGUACUAAAAGAUUAGAAAAUGCCGUUAAACAAAUGAAGAAAAAGCUGAACCUGAAACAUUCUGCCACUUAUUUAAAUUUUUCAGCUAUUCAUUUAUUAAGAGAUCCUCAAGGUUUUGCAGAACAAUUAUUUGAUAGUCAUUUAAGUGCUAAAAAUUCAAAUAAAUUUGAUUUAGAUCAAAAGAUAAUAUUUAUGAAUUUAAUUUCAAGAAUGAUAGGGACCCAUAAAUUAAUAGUAUUGGGAAUUUAUACAUUUUUUCUCAAAUAUUUAACUCCAAAACAAAGAAAUGUAACCCAAAUAAUGGCUGCUUCAGCUCAAGCUUCACAUGAUUUAGUACCUCCAGAAAGUAUAGAAAUUGUAGUAAGAAAAAUUGCUGAUGAAUUUGUAAGUGAUGGUGUUGCUGCUGAAGUUGCAUCUGCUGGUAUAAAUACAAUCCGUGAAAUAUUAUCAAGAGCUCCAUUAGCUAUAGAUUCAGCAUUAUUACAAGAUUUAACUGAAUAUAAAGGAUCCAAAUCAAAAGCGGUUAUGAUGGCUGCAAGAUCAUUAAUUUCAUUAUAUAGAGAAGUUGCACCUGAAAUGUUACUUAAAAAGGAUCGUGGUAAAACUGCAAGUAUUGAAUUACAAAAAGGUGAGAAAACGGGAUUACCUAAAUAUGGUGUUGAAAAUACUAUUACAUCAAUACCAGGUAUUGAAUUAUUAGCAAAAUGGAGAAAAGAACAAGGACUUGCGGAAGGAGAUGAAAAUGAUGAUAAAAAUUGGGAAGUUGAUGAAAGUGAAAACGAUAGUGAUAUUGAAGGUGAUUGGGUUACUGUUGAAUCAGAUAAAGAUAUAGAUAUAGAUAUAUCGGAUAGUGAAGAUGAGAAACCAAAUAAAGAUGAUGAAGUUUCAGAUUUGGAAUUAUCUGACUCAGAAGAUGAAGAAGUAGAAGUAGAAGGACAACCAAGUGAAAAGAAGGCUAAAACAGAAGAAAAUACGGUAAAUGCAGAACAAGCAAUGACUGAAUUAUUAUCAAGUAGAAUAUUAACCCCUGCUGAUUUUGCAAAAUUAGAAGAAUUAAGAACUGAAGCUGGUUUAUCUAAAUUAAUGGGUACUUCGAAUGAAGAAACUGUUGAUUCAACUACAUUAGUUGGAAAAGUUAAAUAUAAACAAUUGAGAGAAGAAAGAAUUGCUCAUGCAAAAGAAGGUAAAGAAGAUCGUGAAAAAUUUGGUUCAAGAAAAGGUAAAAGAGAAGCACCACAUUCAACUACAAAUAAAGAAAAAGCAAGAAAGAAAAAUUUUGUAAUGAUGAUUCAUAAAAAAGCAGUUCAAGGUAAACAAAAAUUAUCAUUAAGAGAUAGACAAAGAGUGUUAAGAGCACAUAUUGAUAAACAGAAAAAGAAAGGUAAAGUAGGAAAUAAUAAAUAA